CGUGGGGUGGCCUUUAUUAUGAGAGACCAUGCCUUCCCGAAUAAAUAACGCCAGUGAAGAUAGCACAGUGGAACUUGGAACAAGUCAGCUGAACAGGAACAAGAUUGGGUUGUUUUCAUUCUCCGUGGAAACGUGAAACGAGCCGAGUGUGCGGUGCGAGUGUUCCAAAUCGCUUCUCGACGUACAGGUCUACUAGUACUUCUGCUCCAUACACCCCAACACCCAGAGUGCUAACUGAACUACUUGCGGUUGAGCUCCGAUGAAGAACCAAACUUUUUAUGUCUUCACAUAAGUAAAGCUGGAGGCAACGUGAGAAAUGAAGAAACUUGUGGAGAAAGAUACGAAGUGGGAUCAACUUUCAUGAAGUUGGCGGCCUCCUGUAUUCAUGAACUCAUUAUACUACUCCCAUGUUUCGUUUUUUUUAUGUUGUCCUUCGUCCAAACGAUAACCAACAUCCAUGGGUCUGAUGAAUGGGUUGUCGGGAAUCCCAUCGGAAGUAGAGGUGGUCCGUCUCCAUGUGUCACCCUUGGUUGACCUCUGAUGGACAAGCGAAUUGCUUUUCAUAUUGCUCCCGUGUCCACAUUAGCAAGCUUCCAGGCCACCCACUCACCACCAGCAGCUCCAAGUUCUCAUCAUCAUUGUCAUCAUUAUCACCAUCAUCAUCAGUACCACCAUCCCGGUCCCUCUCAUAACCAGCUUAACGAGGAGAACACAAGGACCCUCAUAGAUCAUUUUGACGCGAGCAAAGAAAUCAACGAAUAUUCAGAACUUUUGGCAUAUGACGAGGUUCAGAUGGCCUCAGCAGCAGCUUCAGCAGUCCCUGCCCCGGCCUUUGUAGGAAGUCCGUCGGACACCAGUUUGGAGGUCGUGUCGAAUGUGUCUUCUUCGUCAGUGCAUCCAGUGUCUUUGGACCUCCCUCCAUUGGUCUCAGAGGCAUUUCGACGGUCUCAUCCUCCUCCAUUGAGACUCAUGGGGGGCUGUGAGUCUCAGAUGAUGGAACCAAGAUCCUCCGAGGACAGAGGCUUGCUGGGCGGAGAGGAAACGAGCCAAGAGACGAUGGGUCGGCCUCCGCCAUUGCCCCAAAAGAUGGGUCUCGUGGGUCUCAAAUCACAAAGAAAUCGCACCUCCACCGAGACCAUAAACAAUGCAAUUAAUGGACCCCAGGCUUUGAAUGGGGGAUGCUCCUCCAGUCCGGGAAAUUCAAAUAACAGACUUAAUCAUGACCUCAAUGGCAGCUGCUCCCUCAGCUCCUCGGCUAACUCGACUCCACCCUUGCCAACCAGUGCCACACCUCCAGAUUGGAUCGAGUUAUCCACGUCCUUGUCCAAAGACUUGAAGCGGGACCUUCUUUCCAAAGGGAUCAAGAAAAAGAUUGUGUCCGCUACAAGCGAUCUCAUUAUCAAACAAGACGACUCGGUUCAACCUCUCUUGCCCAAAGAGGACCUAGCCACGCCUUCCAUAUCUUCCACCACGCCCACCACAAGCACCACGACAUCCCCUUCCCACACUCUCCUCUCCUCACAGAAUAAGGGCAGAGCACCACAACCUCCCACUCCUUCUCUCCAACAACAUUCCAAUUUCCAUCGAGUCCCAUCAAAUUCGGACGUGAUAGUCAACCAGCCAAUCAGGUCCUCUUCCAUAUCUCGAGGCUUGCAAGUGGAAAACGAGGACUUGAUUCAAUUCUCCAACACUUGUCACAACACUCGUCAACUGUCUCACCAGGGACCGCCUAUAAACCAACCCCUUUCAACCAUGAACAACAAUAACAUUGAAAAAUUGGACAAGAAACGGAUCCCAUCCACGGAUCUUUUCGAUACUGAAGACCUUGAGAAUAAUCUCGAUUACAAAGACGAGGACUUCUACGAGGAUCUUGAUGGCACAGAUUCUUUGAGUUCGGUUCGAACCACUGAAGAAAGAAUGGAAUACCUGGAAAGCCUGGAGAAGUGUCCUUGUUACGCCAAGUGUUGUAUUGACUCGAUCAUUACUUUGUUUUGUGUCACUUUACUGGGAUAGGUCAAAAGGAGACCACAAAAUGUGCUAUACAAACUACUUCUACUACUACCAUGCGGUAUAAUGCUUCAUAUUUCAAGGGAUAUCUUGAUUGUUGCGAUAGUGAUAAUUUGCACGAUGAUUAUAGGAAUAAAACCACCUGUCUCUCAUGAA